GGAAGGUUACAAACUCGAAACUAGAGAAGAAACCGAUCCUUUGUUUUGUGUGUUGAAACUAUAUCAGAUAAUGGAGGUAGCAAAGAAUCCAGAACUCGAGAAGACAAUCGAAUCAACUAAGCAAAAUCAAUCUGAGCAAGUAGUAGAACACGGCGAGAAGCAAGCGCAAGAAGAAGAAGACGAAUUGAGAAGUCUGCUGCUUUCAGAUAUAGGAGACCUUCCUCUUACUCCUCCUUCAGCUACACAACUCAACUUCGUUUCUUACUUCACCACAGAUUUCACGAAACCAGGUCAUGAUCACUAUAUCUACCGUCACGCUAAUGGUUUGUGUGUGAUUGGAUUAGCUCCUACGCAUGUAGCUUUCAAGGACGAAGGUGGGAUCAUUAACAUUGAUUUCAAUGUUGGAAAGUCUGAUCGUAGCGUCUUGAAAGUCUCUGGCAAGCGUAAAAAGAAUGCUAUGCGCUCUGAAUCGAAUACAGCAUUGUGCAAAGUUUCCACUGCUAAAGAUUCUUAUAUUGUCAGGUGUUGCGUUAAAGGUUCUCUCUUGGAGGUGAAUGAGAGGUUGAUCAACCAACCACAGCUUCUUAAUUCAUCUGCUGACCGCGAAGGAUAUAUUGCGAUAAUAAUGCCAAGACCUGCAGAUUGGACCAAAAACAAGGAAUCACUGAUAACUUUGGAGGAAUAUAAAGAAAAGAAAGAGGUGUCUCUAUGAUGGAGUUUGCUCUUAAGUUGAUGAUUAGGCUCAAGUCUGAUUAGGUAAAAAACUUUGGAGGUUCAUUGCAGUCUUGUUGUUCUACAGUAUUUAAAAAACUGUUGUCUUCUGUGUUUUAUCUGAACAAUUUUGGAAGCAAAGAUCAUUUUGGUCAUUGGACUUUGAUGUUCUUCAUGAAACUCUUUGAAAACUAAAAACACAAAUUAA